AAGCGGUGGCGCUGCGCGAGGCGCCCGCGAGCUCCAGGGCUCCGCGUCCGCGCAUACACAGAAACGCGCGUGUGGGGAUGCUGUAGACGGAACACGUGCCGGAGCGGCACGGAGGCGCGCGCGACUACAACUUUUAAAUCACGCUGCUGUUUGUUUUUCUUUUCUUUUCUUCUUGAAUUCUGGAACAUCAAAGUGUCCUAAAAAGGAAAAGCAAUGACGACGGCCACGGCGCGCGCUUCUCCAUCACCUCUGCUCAACGGGACCGGCCACCACGCGGCGGACGCGGAGGAUUCCGCCGAGGCCGGGUGGCGCGCGCUGCUGCUCUUCGGCGCGUCGGUGGCGGUGGGCGCCGUGGUGUGCGCGGGCGGCAUCUUCUCGCUGGCGUCCGUGCCGCGCAUGCGCGCGCGCUCGCCGCUGUGCCUCAUCGUGGCCUGCCUGUCCGUGGACGACCUGAUCGGCGUUGUGCCGCUCGCGCUCGCCGCGGUGCUGCAGUGGAGGCGCGAGGGCCACGGCGAGGACGGCGACGAUGACGCGGCCGUGUGCACGUGGGCGGGACUCUUAUACGUCUUCCACGGGCUCGCGAGCAACAUGAAGGCGUGCCUCAUCGCCGCCUACACGCUCUACGCGAGCAGACGGAGAAGAGGAGCGCGAGGAGCGCGAGCAGGUGCAAGAGGAGGCGUGCCGUGCGCGCUCGCCGCCGUGUGGGCCGCCAGCCUGGCCGUGAGCGCGCUCCCGCUGGGCGGCUGGGGUCGCUUCUCGCGCGCCUCUCUGGGCUGCCUGCCGGCGCGCGACGGCUUCUACGCGCCGCUGCUCGUGGCCCUGUACGCGCUGUGCGCGUGCGGCUUGGCCGCGUUCUCGGCGCCGCUCACGCACCAGCUGCUGUGCUCGGCGGACGCACUCAGGCCGCUCUGCCGGUGGGAAGGAGGAGGGGGCGGGGCCGCGAGCGCCGAGGGGGCAGCGGCGCCCCUCUGCGAGGUCGCCUCCGCGUCGCGCGAGAGCCUGGAGAGGAGCUACGGCGAGCUGGGGUCCGGCGCGGCGGCCACGGAGUGCGGGGCGGAGGCGUGUCCAUGCUCCACGGGCCAGUUUGGCGGACAGGGAGUCCGGCACUGUCCGGUGGUCUUUGCGCAGAAACGCUUCUCCAUGAUCCUCGCCAUGGCACGGAUUGUUCUGUGGAUGCCAAUGAUGGCCCAGAUCCUGGUAAGCCACGCUGUCCAGAUGCACAGCUCGUUUCUGGAGACGCUUUGUUUUUUCCUGACCUUGCUCUCAGCAGCGGUCACCCCGGUGUUCGUCCUCUCGGAGCGCUGGAUUCACCUUCCUUGCGGCUGCUUCAUCAACUGCCGCCGAGGCUCCACAUCCACAUCUAUCUCUUCCACCUCUCACAAGAGGAGAUUCGAAUUCAACCUGUCCUUCCAGCAAGGCUAUGGCAUCUACAAGAUACCUCACGUCACAUCACCCUCUGUAGAGAAGCCCUCCUACAACAGCCUGUACAACUGCGACUUCUCUGAAAGCCGGAUUGCAGUGUUGGACAGUGGUCAGAUUGCCAACCUGGCCGCUCGUGAGCUGAGGAGUCCGGAGGAUGUGGAGGACUGCUCCCUCCACAGUGAGCUCCUGCUGGAUGCUGUGUCUGCCGAAUCCAGGAGGGAAGGCCUACCCCAGCUGAGUUCAGGAGAACGGGACGGCUUUGGAAGCAUCUCGGCUCCUGUCUCAGCCUGUGAUGGGGAGGACCUCAACCUGGACUCUUCCUCAGUGUUUGAUGGCCCUGAGAGGAGGUUGUCUCAUGAAGAGUGUCGCAAGAUCGAGUUGACGGACUGGGAGUGGUGCAGGAGCAAAUCAGAGAGGACACCGAGACAGAGAUCAGCUGGGGCAGGUGGAUUGGCCAUCCCCCUCUGCGCUUUCCAGGGCACUGUGUCACUCCAUGCGCCCACAGGCAAAACGCUAUCGCUUUCCACUUAUGAGGUCAGCAGUGAUGGCCUCAAGAUCUCCCCCAACAAUGCCAAAAAGGUGGAGGUGUACCGCUCCAAGUCUGUGGGCCAUGAGCCCAGUGCCGAAGAACCAAGCUCGGGUAGCAGUGGUGGGGGUGGAGCUCCGGCACCUGGGGGUGUGGCUGACACCAAUGUGAAGAUCCACCUGGAAGUCUUGGAGAUCUGUGACAAUGAGGAGGCCAUGGACAGUGUGUCAAUUGUGUCCAAUAUCAGCCAGUCAUCAGCCCAUGCCCGCUCCCCGUCGCUGCGUUACUCACGUCGCGAGAACCGCUUUGUGUCAUGUGACCUGGGCGAGACUGCCUCCUACUCACUGCUGAUCCCAACUAACCCAGAUGCCGACAGCAUCAACAUCCAUAUCCCUGACACAGUUGAGGCGCACAGGCAGAACAGCCGACGCCAGCGGCUGGAUGCUGGCGGUUACCGGGAGGAGAUCCAGCUCCUGAACGAGGUCUACAGAAGGCAAGGUGGAGACCUGGGUGACUGAGACCCCGGCCAGCCACUUUAUAUUAAGACUCUGUUAGUCUGGACUGAGAUGGACUUUGAACGUGCUCUGAAUUUGUUUUGAGGAAGAAGACUUGUUUGGGUACAGAUCAUGUCAGAACAUGCUUUGAAAGUAUUUAGGCAAGAAGGGAUGAAGGGGUUCAGUAGAAAGAAGUUGGGGAAUUUGGGAGAGACAAGCAGUCAAGGUUAAGUAAACUGGAAGGAAACAAGGAAGUCAGGAGAAUGAGAAUGACUUGUUGGAAUACAGUUCAUUUACAGUCUUAGCUAAGGUUCACUGGUCAUUUACCAACCAACCAAAUGAACAAGUAAAUUGGUAAACUACUAAAAAAAAAGGUUAAGCAAUAUGAGGGAGGUGGGGGCUCAACUGAAAAAUAAUGGGUGGGGGAGGUCAUAGGUUGUUAGUGACAAUACGUCAGUGGCAGCUACCAGAACGAGAUUCAGGUCCUUAGUAAGGACUACAGAAGACGGUGCUGAGACAUGAUUUUAUUGAUAUAUUUUAUUGAUAUCCUGUUCAGCCACUUUUAAGACUUGAGAUGAUUUUGAAGUUGCUUUGAAUUUGUUUUGGUGAAGAAGACUGGAUGGGAUGCAUUUCAUAUGAGGGCACUGACAGACUGACAAAUGCAGGUUAAACGUGGAAUUUUCCCCUAGUUGUGUAAAAAUUGUCCUGAGGAAAGAAUAAUUGUUCAGAAGUUAGGAUGAUAUCAGAGGGAAAACUAGUAAUUGUUCAAUACAAAUAAAUUAGAAUAGAUGGGAUGGAAAAGAUGCACGAGGUAGGGGAGGCAUAUCAUUAGCAGGAAGAUGCCAAAUGAAGGGACCCCAAGGGGAACAGGAUUUUAAUGAGCAGACAGUGUUAAAAUGGUAUAGGAGUAAGGAAUAAUAAUGCAACUGUAGCUCUGUAGAGAAGCAGGUGAACAGGAGAAUGAGACUUGUUAGGAUACCGUCUUCCUGAGGUAUAGUUCUGAGAGGUUUAUUGGUUAUUCAACCAAUCAAAUCCAACUAUAUAUGUUUGUUUUCUUCAAUUGGGUAAACUGGUUUGGAGGAAUUGUGGGGAGAACAAGGUGGAGAAUUUGGGUGACACGAAUGGCUAAGGUUAAAUAGACUGGAAGAGGGGAACAAAACCUACUUGUGACUAGGAGAAAAAGAAUGACUUGCUGGGAUCCAGUAACACUGAUGUAGGUAAAAUAUGGAAAUAAGGUUUUUGUAAGUGCCGUAAGUGCAUUAAAGCUGUCUUGAAGAAGGAAUGAUGGAGCUGAUUUUGAAGGGCAAAGUGCUAAAUUGUGAGACAAAAAAGUUGUGGAAUGCUAGGGAUGGAGGGGCCUCACUGAAAAACAUACCGGGUAGAUGGGAGGAAAUGAGGUCAUGGGUUGCUAGUGGCAGGAGAACCAGAACAUUUUAGGAUACAUUUUAUAUGAGGCUUGACAGAGGUUUGUCAUUUGACCAAAGGACAGGCCCAAACAAGGAGGGUCUCCCUAGUUGUAUGACCAGUCUUGAAGAAGGAAGGAAUAGUCAUAGAUUGAAUAACAUUAGAGGUAUAGUUGCUGAAGUGUUCAAGGCAUGUCAGGCAGGUGGAGACCUUACUAGAAAAGAAUGUUUUAGAGAAAGAAAUGAAGUCAUGGGUUGCUACUGUCAGACAAAGAACAACUUGUCAGGAUACGGUUUGUGUCAGAAGUCUGAUGGAGGUUUAUUGCUCAUUUGAAGUUGCUUUGAAGAAAGAAGUGGCAAUUAGUGAGCAAAGAGAAGAGUGUUUCUGAAGGUUCUUUCAACUCCCAAAGCAGUUUCACUGCUCUGCAGAGAUGACAAGUGAGCACUGGAUGGACAUGUUUUGCAUUUUGUUCAGCUAAAGUGAAGAGACCAGAGAGUCGACGGAGAGUCCUGGAAGGGCAGACAGGGUUGGAGAAUGUGAAGGUUUUCACUUUAAUUUUACUUCCAUCUCACAGCAGUCAGUUGUCCUUGAGCAUCUGAAUGGGCAGAAACAGUGACGGUUGAAGCCUCAGAAAGACUGACGUAUAAAGAAUGAAAAAGGGAAGAAAAUAGAGAAGCUUGCCACAGGGACAAACAAGACUGUGUCUGUGUGUAUUUAUGCGUGUGGGCGCGUGUGCAUUUGAGAGAGUGAAAAAGCAAGCAGAAAAAGUGAUUACUAUAAAUGCUUAUAAGUAUUCAAGCUCAGGCACGGGCCAUAUGGGGACCUGGAAUGCUAAAAACCGACUGCAGACAUCAAUCAGCCCGAUGAGAUCUACCCAGAUGAGAAAUAAUGAGAAUCCCAAAUGACUCACCACAAAUUCUCUGAGUCAUCUUUAUAUGUGUGCGUAUGUGUGUCUUUAUGUAGGUCUCUGUGUGUGUCAGUAUGUCGCUGUUUAUUGCUUUGCUGCUUUCCGUGUUUGGUAGAUCCAUGUUUCUCCAUCCCUCUCUCUCACACACACACACAUGCGAAUCCAUCUCCGGCAGCAAUGGUGUCCAUUAGCGUGCCAAACAGGAUGUUCCGAUGCACACGUCUUUGCCCUCGUGCCAGAUCCACUGUACGAGAGUGAGGGUGAAUGGCAGAGAGAGGUUGUUUUCUGCUGCAUUAGCGUUCCGCAGAUGCAAUUUGCAGAAGAGGGAGCGAUGCAUAUUUUAACCGUUGAUGAAAGUGCAAAUGAAUGUUCAUUUCAGAGCCACUUAGGAGACACAUUUUCCCACUCUGUUUUCACCCCAGCAUAUCAAAAUGCAGCAGAAAUGUAACCCAGGCAACUCGUUUACAUUUAACAUAGAUGCAAAUGCAGCUUUGGAUUGCGGUAUUAAGACGAUUCAGCGGAAGGCCUGUCACCUCUAGCCCUUAAAUGCAUGAAGGUUUUCUCCAACUGUUUGUCCAUAUCUCGGGCCACUGUUGACUGGACACUUACAUCGAAUACAAAUCAGGCUUCAAACUGCCAAGACAGUGUAAAACUGUCCAAAAGGUAAAUCAGAUCUUGGAGCUCCUCUGUUGCUGCAACAGUUGUUUGCGUUCACUGUUAACACAAGGUUUGUGUGAGAAAUCGUGUAACCACCACACAACCUGCAUCAACUCAAGCCUGCUUUCCUGGUUUUUAUGCGAUGGGAAACAGAAGGAGAAGCCUGACGCCCAGGGUAAACUCAGGGUACGGAUAGCUCUGGGUAGCCAUACUGUGCCCAUUCAAACCAUACCUUGUCUAGUUUCCCAGACACAGAUUAAGCUUAAUCCUAGACUAAAAUGGGAUUUCAAAGGUAAAUGAUCCUUGACAUUACAAUUUAGUCCUAGAUUAGUCUUAAUCCAUGUCCUCAAAACUGGGCCUAUAUGUCUAAACAUGUGUAGACACCAACAUUUCUUCUGAAAGCAAAAGUAUUAAUAGAGAGUUUGUCCCCCUUUACUGGUGCAGCGACAGCCUCUACUCUUCUGCAAACGUUUUAUAGUCGACGUUGGAACAUUGCUGUGAGGAUUUCAUUACUUUCAGCGAAAAGAGCAUUAGUGAGGUCAAGUAUGCUGUUACUUUUGAAAAUAUAGUGUAUCUCUGGCUUUUUGUUACUGAUUAAAAUGAAAAGUUUGAGGAGCUAAGAGCACCCGGUGAGGAGGGGGAAAUGAGGUCAUGCAUUUAAGGCCUAGAUAAGCAGUUUGACUUAAAAGACCAUGCUUAAUAACAUCAUUACUCCUUUUUGUACUAUAUGCUGUAGUAUGUACUGUAUGUAGGCAAAUGGAAAUGUGAAAAGGAAAAGGCUACAUUCACUGCUGUGCACAUAAUGGAUAAGCUCUGCUAAUACUGACAAAUGGGCUAUAGGCUAUUGGCUCAUAUUAGCUUUCUGUGCCCGCUGUUUACAUAGAAGACAAAAGUAUUGUGUUUUUUCAGCACGCCAUUUUAAAGUGAUGUCACUUCAAGCAGGAAAAUAGCCAAGGCAUUGUGUGACAAAAUGUUCUCUUCGGUUGAAUGUGCUCAUUAAAGAUUUAUUUACAGAGAACACCCUUA